CGUAAAUUAACUACUACUACUACUACUACAAGCUUUUUAUUUAAGAAAGUGGGUUGCGUAGUGUACUGUUUGAAUAGCAGAAAUAGGCAGCUAAGAGCGUUUCUAAACAAACAAAAAAUUCAAAAACUUCAUUUUAAAUCUAGCCAUUUAUAUUUAGAAAACCUUUUAAAAUGCCUCAAGGAUCUCAUAUGAAAGGCGGGAAAAGUAAUCCCAAGAAACCCAAGAUCACUAAAGCUUCUAAGAAAGGUAGCAGUGUUACCAAAAAGACUCCUAAGAAAAGUGUCUCUGAAAGAAAAAAGCUACAAAAGGCCUUAGAAUCAAGUAUAAGAGCCAAUGUUGAAAAUGAGUUACGGGCUAAAGCUGGAGGCUCAAGUUUAACAGCUUCUAAGCAGUCUGCUUCAGCUGCAAAAGUCAAAGCUCUUCGCAAGGGAAAAAAGAAAUAAUUUAACCAAUAUUUGUCUCUCAUUCACAAAGUGCCACGACUGAAAUGCAUUUGUAUUCUGAUAGCAAUCACUGCCACUCUCUCAUUUGUUUUUUAGAUACUUUGUUGGGGCUGUUUUCUUUAAUGACUUCAAAAUAAAAUACUUCCGAAAAGAGA